AGUUCAGUUGGUGACAAUGUUUCGUCAACUUAUCGUAUUGGUGUCAUUAACCUUGGCGAUUACAGUGAACAUCAGUGAGUGUGCUAGAAUUCUAGGAAUAAUCCCGACUGCUAGUUUCAGUCACCAAGUAGUCUUCAGGCCUGUAUGGAAUGAAUUAGCUAAACGAGGACACGAUGUACUAGUGAUCACAACGGAUCCACAGAACGAUCCAAGCAUUGGAAUACGAGAAAUUGACAUCAGCUCUACAGCUUAUAAGCUAUGGCACGACCUCGAAUACAUUCAGCGCAUAGAAAGGCACAAGGCAAAUCCAUUUAUGCUGAUAAGACACUUGAAAGUCAGCAGUUCUAUUUUAUGUGACAAUGAACUACAGCAUCCGGAAAUUCAAAGUUUACUGAACAAUCAAACUGAACACUUCGAUUUGCUGAUGACAGAAUUCUUCCACCCCAUUAUGACAGCCUUCUCUGUUCGGUUCAAUUGCCCCUUCAUAGGCAUUCAGAGUAUGGAUUUCCAGAAUUAUUAUCAUGGAGAUAGCGGAAACCCGACACACCCUGCAGCUUUCCCUGAAAUCUUUUCACCAUUCUAUGGCAAGCUGACUUUCUCGGAGCGCAUUUUGAGUUUUCUGUUGAAUACGCUCAUGUACUUGAAUAACCUAAUCCCAGGUGGUGAAGAUGAAGUAAUUAAAAAACAUUUCGGAGAUGAUAUGCCCCCGAUGAGGGAUAUAAUGUAUAAUUUCAGUAUGAUGUUUUUGAAUGUACAUCCAGCAUUUUACGCAAGGCCCAUGGGACCAGCAUUUUUAUCUAUUGGAGGAGGAACACACCUUACUCCUGUGAAAUCAUUGCCACAAGAUUUUAAAGAAUUCAUUGAAGGAGCAGAACAUGGGGUCAUAUAUUUCAGUUUAGGUACCAAUGUGAACAGUGAAAGAAUUGAUCCAGCCAAGAGACAGAUAUUUCUAGAUACCUUCAGGGAACUUCCUCAGAGAGUUUUGUGGAAGUUUGAUACGACAGAUAUGCCUAAUAUUCCUGCUAACAUCAAGAUUGUGGACUGGGCUCCUCAACAAGAUAUUCUAAGACAUCCCAAUGUCAAAGUUUUUAUUACACAAGGAGGUGUUCAGUCACUGGAAGAAGCAAUAUUCAGUCAUGUUCCUGUUGUUUGUAUACCUAUCGUUGCUGAUCAAGAGAAGAAUGCUAAAAGAGCUGCCGAUAAGGGAAUAGCCAUACACUUGAAUUAUGAUGAAUUGAACAAAAUUACGCUGAAGGCUGCAAUUUUGGAAGCCAUCGACAACCCAAAAUACAAGGAAAGUGCAAGAGAACAAGCUGAAAUAUCUGUUGAUCAGCCAAUGACUGGUAUAGAAAAAGCGAUAUGGUGGACAGAAUAUGUACUGAGACAUAAGGGAGCACCUCAUUUCAGAAACCCUAUUAUUGAUUUGCCUUAUUAUCAGUAUUACUUGCUAGAUGUAUUUGGUUUCUUGAUCGCUUCGCUUUUGAUAUCGUUGUGGAUUUGUCGUAGGGCAAUAAGGUUGGUUUAUAGCUACCUCAACCGCUUGCUUAACCCUGGCGUGAACAAGAAUAUUAAAAUUAAGAAAACAUAA